AUGUUCUUGGCCAGACGACCGUCUGGGUUGUCUAAUAUCAGCAGGAUCUGCAUCCUCCACACCGUUUCUUGGAUACUUUCAUCGAGGCGGGCACGAUUCAGCAGCGACAGCGAUGACGCUGCCCGCAAUUCUCUCGGCCGGCUGUCAGAUCUUUUCCGGCCAGUCCGGAUGGACAUCAGCCGUGUCAUCUUGCGGGCACUUGAAUCCGGUAUGUGUCCGGAGUCGGUGGAGCUGGAGAGGCUCGACGUCGAGCUGGAUCCUUUUGUUGUCAACUUGGUGGUCCGGGGCUUGUCGGACUCGGAGACAGCGGUGCGGUUUUACUGGUGGGCGGAGUCCUGUCCAGGAUUCGAUCAUAGCCAGUUCGCAAUAGCGUACAUUGUGAGCUUGCUGUUUGUAGAUGGAAAUUUUGCUCUGUUGUCGGAGUUCCUGGGGACAGUGAGGAGCCAAGGGGUGGCACUUCAUCGAUCGUUAUAUCGGAUCCUUUUGUCCGGCUAUGUCCGAGCUGGCAAGUUUGAUUCGGUCAUAGAGACAUUUGAUGAGAUGGUCAUGUCAGGUUGCCGUGAGUUUGGUAUCGAUUACAAUAGGUACAUAGGUGUUCUAAUUAAGAACUGUUGCUUUGAUUUGGUGGAGAAGUAUUAUGGCAUGGCGCUCUCGAAAGGUUUUUGUCUGACUCCAUUCACUUACUCAAGGUGGAUCUCUGCAUUGUGUCAAUCAAAUAGGAUUGAGCUUGUAGAGGAGCUUCUGGCUGAUAUGGAUAGAUUUGGCUGUUCUCCAGAUAUUUGGGCUUGUAAUAUAUACAUUGAUUAUUUGUGUAAACAGAACAGAUUACAUGAUGCACUGCAGAUGGUAGAGAAGAUGCGGGGGAAAGGAACCAGCCCAGAUGUUGUGACUUAUACAACAGUUGUUGGCUGCUUAUGUAACAAUAAGAGGCUCUCAGAAGCAGUUGGACUUUGGGAAGAAAUGGUGAAGAUGGGCCUUAAACCAGAUGUUGUUGCCUGUGGUGCACUGAUCUUUGGGCUGUGCAAGAAUAGCAAGGUUGAAGAGGCUUUUGAACUGGCAUCAAGGAUGUUAAGUCUGAACAUAGAACUGAGUGUCUCAAUAUACAACGCCCUAAUAAGUGGCUUCUGGAGAGCUGGGAGCAUUGAUAAAGCCUAUACCAUCAUAUCAUUCAUGCGGGCAAACGGAUGUGAGCCAGAUGUUGUUACAUAUAAUAUCCUCUUGAAUCAUUACUGCACUAUAGGUAUGAUAGAGAAAGCUGAAAAAUUGAUAACAAAGAUGGAAACAAGCGGUGUAAAUCCUGACCGAUACAGCUAUAAUCAGUUGUUGAAAGGGCUCUGCAAAACUCAUCAACUGGACAAGGCAUUUGCUUUUGUUUCUGAUCAUAUGGAAGUUGGUGGGUUCUGUGAUAUUGUAUCCUGUAACAUAUUGAUUGAUGCAUUUUGCAAGGCCAAAAAGGUAAAAUCUGCACUGGACCUGUUCAAGGAAAUGGAUUAUAAGGGAAUGCAAGCUGACGCUGUGACAUAUGGGACUCUGAUCAAUGGUCUUUUCAGUAUAGGAUACUAUAAUCUAGCUGAAGAACUUUUUGAGCAGAUGCUGAAGGCUCAGAUUGACCCUAAUGUUAAUCUGUACAAUAUUAUGCUUCAUAACCUGUGCAAGGUUGGUGAUCUCAAACGUGCUCAGAAAAUAUUCUUGCAUAUGAUUCAGAAGGAAAUCUUACCUGACACUGUUACUUAUAAUACACUCAUAUAUUGGCUUGGAAAAAAUUCAAGAGCAAUGGAAGCUCUUGAUCUCUUCAAGGAUAUGAGGACAAAGGGAGUAGAACCAGAUAGCUUGACAUUCAAGUAUUUGAUCAACGGCCUCCUGGACGAGGGAAGAUCUACACUAGCUUAUGAGGUAUGGGAAUAUAUGAUGGAAAAUGGUAUCAUUCUCGACAGAGAAGUUUCUGAAAGGUUGAUAAGUGUGCUGAAAUUUGAGAACAAGUAG